CAGAAUCAGACUGCCAGGGUUAGAGCCCACCGCCUCAGUGUCUCACUAGAAGGGUAACACCAAUGAUCCAAUAUUCAGGAUGUUAGACAACGAAGAGUUCAUGCUGGAGACUUCCCCGCGGGAGCUCACACAGAACCCGCUCAGGAAGAUCUGGAUGCCGUGUAAAAACGGGCACAUAGCUCAGAGACGGGUAUGUAUGACAAACUGCCCGACCCUCAUUGUGACUGUAGGACUUCCAGCCAGAGGGAAGACUUACAUUUCAAAGAAGCUCACACGCUACUUAAACUGGAUAGGUGUGCCAACCAAAGAGUUCAAUGUUGGCCAGUACCGGAGGGAGUGUCUGAAGAUCUACAAGUCCUUCGAGUUCUUCCGUCCAGAUAAUGAGGAGGGUCUAAAAAUCAGACGUCAGUGUGCAAUGACUGCACUUAAUGAUGUUCGGCAGUACCUGAGUGUCGAAGGAGGACAGGUGGCGGUCUUUGAUGCCACAAAUACAACAAGGGAAAGAAGAGGCACCAUCGUCAAGUUUGCUGAGCAGAAUGGGUUCAAGGUAUUUUUUGUGGAGUCUGUGUGUGAGGAUCCAGAUGUCGUUGCACAAAAUAUAGUGCAAGUGAAGUUGGGCAGCCCAGACUACAUCCACUGCAACACAGAGGAGGCCAUUGAGGACUUCAUGGAGAGGAUCAAGUGUUACGAGUCCUCCUACCAGCCUCUGGAUGAGGUUCUGGACAGGGAUCUGUCCUACAUAAAGAUCAUGGACGUGGGCCGCCGCUACCUGGUGAACCGCGUCCUCGACCACAUCCAAAGUCGGAUCGUCUACUACCUGAUGAACAUCCACAUCACACCACGCUCCAUCUACCUGUGUCGCCACGGUGAGAGCGACCUCAACAUCAAGGGACGGAUCGGAGGAGACUCUGGCUUGUCUGCCAGAGGAAAAGAGUUUGCCAAAACUCUGGGGAAAUUCAUCCAGGACCAGAACAUCAAAGAUCUAAAAGUGUGGACCAGCCAGAUGAAGAGAACGAUCCAGACAGCCGAGUGCCUGGGGGUGCCGUACGAACAGUGGAAGUCUCUCAACGAAAUAGAUGCUGGCGUGUGUGAGGAAAUGAGGUAUGAGGAGAUCCAAGAGCAUUACCCUAUGGAGUUUGCACUGAGAGACCAAGACAAGUAUCGCUACCGCUACCCUAAGGGAGAGUCUUAUGAAGACCUGGUGCAGCGACUGGAGCCCGUGAUAAUGGAGCUGGAGAGACAGGAGAACAUUCUGGUUGUUUGUCACCAGGCCGUCAUGCGUUGUCUUCUUGCAUAUUUCCUGGACAAGACUGCAGAUGAGUUGCCUUAUCUUAAGUGUCCUUUACACACAGUGUUGAAGUUGACCCCCAUGGCUUAUGGAUGUAAAGUGGAGUCUGUCUAUUUAGGCGUGGACUCUGUGAACACACACAGAGACAGACCAGAGAGAAUGUAAAUCUUUCACACGUGGCAGAGGAAGCUGCGCUCAGUCUCCGUCCACCAGUGACAGCAACCAAGACAACUGUGACAUCACUUAGCAUUGACACCAGAUCCUACCUCCAUCCUGUCAUUUUUAACAUCUCAUUUCUCUCUCUCUCUCUAUCAGUGGGAGCAGAAUCAUGCUGGGUUAUUUUUUCUCUCAGGUCCUUUUCUACGGUGGCCUUGAGGGCUCACUGCACUGCAACUUGAGAAAACACGUGGAAAUGAAGGAAAUAUCUUCAUCAAAUUGACAAAACAAACGCAGAAGCACGCUGCAAAUUCAGAAAACAACCAAAUACAGAUUUGCUGAAAGUUGUACAGAAAACAGAAGUGAUCCAGAAAACUAUUUAAUUCACUUAAUAAAUGAAUUUACAUUUUGAUUGUAUGAUUCAGAAUGUAAAUUGGUGAGCUAAUAGUCAGCAGAAGGUUAACACUCAAAUUAAGAAAAUAAAUGUCUGAAAUAAUAUCUGAAUCGUGCAAUCAGAAAAUUAAAAUAAACACACCACUGACAACAAAUAUGUGUCCCAGGUGUGUCCAGACAUGUUCGUCACUUUCUAGUGCCCCCUGGAAACUUCUGUUUUUAACGUUGUGUUCUGAACAACUUUUGUUUGUACAGCAGCAUUACUGUAUUGGAUAUGUUUUCUUACUUUUUUUUAAACCUAAAUACUGCACACGCAUUGUCAAAUUGGUGAAGACGUUUUGCUUUUGUUUUAAACGUUUUGCAUAUGUUUUUUGUUGUUGCGGUAAGUUGCGGUGCGUUGACCUUUCAGGGCCACCGUAUUUUCUUCAGUUUUUACAUCUUUUUAUUCACUAAGUAACUGGAAUCCAGUUUCAGGACAUAUCACUCAGCUGUGUGUAUGUGUGUACUUGUACGUAUAUUUGUGAGGACAUUUGUCGGGACAAGGCUGUUUGAGGGUUCAGACUUGGUUUUAGAGUUAAGAUUAGAAUUAGUCUUUAAAUACCAUGUAGAAUUUAACAUUGGGCAUUUUGUUUUUAUAAUGAAUGCUACCCUGAUAGUGUUUUGUAUUAACAUUAAGCUAUUUACAUGUAUAUUAUAUAUAAGCUUGCUGUUUUUUUACACUUAUGUAUACAAGUGACUAAUACAUUUAACCUCAACAUACAUUUUUGCUGCAUAUGAAUUGACGAACAAUAUUAUUUGAAUUCCAGUAAUAUUAUUUUUUAAAUAAACUUUGUCUCUGUUGUUUACUGUUUAAAUGUGAAGGGUUAAUCUACAGUGCCCACCAACAACCUUUAAUCACUAGACCUCCAGUCAAAUCAAGAUGAUGUUAACUAUAAAAUCAUCACUAAUAGUGUUAACCGGUUGUUAAACACUUUAUUAUUAAAUUAUUUCAUUGACUGUAAUUUUUUUUCUUCAUAUUGUUUGUGUUUGUCAAGGUUUCUUAUUGUCAAUAUAAAAAUCUGAAUUUAAAAACA